CAUCUCCCCCACCUUCCUUCAUUUCCCUCUUUUGUUUUUUUUAACUUUAUUUUUCUCUUCGUCUCUUUAACCAUAAAGAAGAGCUCCCCUACUACCUCCACUUCCUCUACAAUCAUACCACAAAACCAAAAAAGCAAGGAGUCAUGUGGCAUAGAUUAGUCUCUAACAAGCUUCUCCGUAGGUCUUCCGGGACUGGUUGCUUCGUGGCAGACUUCCCGGCAACUGAAGAGUUCAUCAAGGUCACUAGUUCUAAUCCGCCGGCCAGCUCCAAUACUUCGUCAACUACCCAAGAGAGUACCAUUAACUACAAGUUGUUUGUGAGCACAUGGAAUGUCGGAGGCGUGCCACCCUCCGAUGAUUUGAAUUUGGAGGAUUGGUUAGACACAAGGGGCAACUCUUAUGAUAUCUAUGUUCUAGGGUUCCAAGAAAUCAUCCCCCUUAGUGCCAAGAAUGUCCUCUGUGCCGAAAAGAACAGCAUAGCUAGUAAAUGGAAUUCGCUUAUUCGAACAGCAUUGAACAAACCUAUUGUCAAUCCUCAAGGAAAUGAAGACCCAAGUUUAGGGGAGAAACAAAAGAUCUAUCCAGAUAAGGUCGGUGGAAGCUCAAAGGGAAGCAUCACACAAGACUUCCAAUGCCUUCUAAGCAAGCAAAUGGUGGGUAUUCUUAUUUCGGUCUGGGUGAGAAGUGAUCUCCUUUGCCACAUUCGCCAUCCGAGUGUUUCGUGCAUUGGUUGCGGCGUCAUGGGCUUCUUAGGAAACAAGGGAGCAGUGUCUGUUAGAUUUUGCUUGCAUGAAACAAGCUUCUGCUUUGUUUGCUCUCAUUUGGCUUCUGGAGGAAAGGAAGGGGAUGCAAUGCAUAGAAAUUCAGAUGCCAUGGAGAUAUUCUCUAGGACAAGCUUCCCUUCUGGCCCUUGUCUUGAUUUGCCUCAAAAGAUUCUAGAUCAUGACCGAAUACUCUUGCUCGGAGAUUUAAACUAUCGAAUAUCAUUAUCGGAUGAGGAAACAAGGUCAUUGGUAGAACAGAAGGAAUGGAGCAUAUUGCUAGAGAAUGAUCAGUUGAAUAUGGAGGUCUACAAAGGCCGAGUUUUUGAAGGUUGGCAAGAAGGAGCAAUCACAUUCUCACCAACGUACAAAUACUAUCCAAAUUCUGAUGAAUAUUACAUGCAUAAUCAAGGUCGAAAAGGUGAAAAAAGGCGAUCACCGGCAUGGUGUGAUAGAAUUCUUUGGCAUGGGAAGGGAUUCAAGCAAAACAGAUAUGAGAGAUGUGAGUCUAGACUUUCCGAUCACCGGCCAGUGAGAGCUAUCUUCACUGUGGAAGUAGAGGUUUAAGAAAGCAAUGGGGAAUCAAGAAAAAGUUUUCAUUUCUUGGUUCCUUUGUUGAUGAUCAUCAAUUAUUAGUGAUGUUUUUGCCUCUAUUUUUAAAGCUGUAACUACUUUUGUAAAUGAAGUUGGGAGUACUCCAUGUUGUGAAUGGAAUAGUGAAUGGUAUGAGAAUGGUUUGCAUGGAUGUCAAUGCAUGCAAUUAUCUCACUAUGCGUUUGUUUUGCUUUGAUGUAGAUGUUCAUGCGUAGGAGACAAGUUGAAAGAGAA